AUGGCAUCGGCAUUGUGGACAGAAUUCAAGGCACUGACCUCUCCCUAUGAGUCCAUCGUGCUGGACUGGGCCGACCCGAGCGGCCAGUACAAGCAGAACCCGAUGGUCGAGUGGCCGUUGGCCGACUUCAGCUCGGCGGCCGCGAUCGCGUUGGCGUACCUGGCGUUUGUGAUCGUCGGCACCUUAGUGAUGAAGUCGGGUGUGCCCGCCCUCAACACGUCUGCGCUCCAGUUCGUGUACAACCCGAUCCAAAUCGCGCUGUGCUCGUACAUGUGCAUUGAAGCGGGUAUCCAAGCGUACCGCCACAACUACUCCCCCAUGCCGUGCAACGCGUUCAACACGACGUCCCCCGUCAUGGGCAACGUCAUGUGGUUGUUCUACAUCUCCAAGAUCCUCGACUUUGCCGACACGUUCUUCAUCAUCGCGGGCAAGAAGUGGAAGCAACUGUCUUUCCUGCACGUGUACCACCACUUGACCAUCUUCUCCAUCUACUGGCUCAACUUCCGCGCCUUGUACGACGGCGACGUUUACCUCACCAUCAUCCUCAACGGAUUCAUCCACACCAUCAUGUACACGUACUACUUUGUGAGCUCGCACACCAAGACGAUCUGGUGGAAGAAGUACCUGACCACGCUCCAGCUCAUCCAGUUCGUGACCAUGAACGUCCAAGCCGUGCUCAUCAUCUCCAAGGAGUGCCAAGGCCCGCCUCAAAACAUCGCCGUGCUCUACUUGGUGUACAUCCAGUCGCUGUUCUGGCUCUUCAUGCACUUCUUCAUCACGUCCUACUGCACGGCCCCGCGCAAGGAAGUCGCCGACAAGAAGCGCAACUAA